GUUCCCGGCCCUCCGUUUCCACUAACGGUUUUAACGGCUUCUCCAGUCGAUUUGUUUAUUUACUUUUUUUUCUUCCUUCCCCAUUGCAAAUUACGUAACCAGGGAUUUCGGAAACACCCGCCUUUGCCGAUAAGCAUUUUGGGAGAUGUAGUUUGGUGCCGAGGCCGGAAUUUCCGUAGUGGAUUGUGGGCGCAGUCAUGAGUGUGGUUUCUCUUAAAAGGCAGCGAGCUAUUGGUUACACCGGUAUGGUAUGUUUUCAGUUCAGCAGAUAGGAGGAAUAUAUACAAGAAGGACGAUCCUUCAUGGCAGCGCCUGUUAGUGGGCAUCCACUCACCUGCUGCCUGCCAUGUCCCUCACCUUGUGUCACUGCUGCCAUCACCAGUUGUCCCAUUAAUGGGAAGGGACUGUCGGAAAAAUGAUAAUCGUGGUGUAGAAGACCUACCAAAUCAAAUCCCCACAACUCUGCAGUCUACCAUGAGAUCUCAGAGUCAGCCUUCAGAACAAUCAACAAUUUCUUCUAGCAAAAACCAACUUUCAGAAGUACAUUCACUUAUGGAAAAAGCAACCGAAAUCCCAGAGAGGUUUACUCUUCCUAAAAUAGAGGAAUCAAGACCUGCUCAGCGAAAAAGACAGCUUCCAGAAUGGAUGCUGACAGCAGAUCUAAUGGUUUCAAGCCAGUCAAUCUCAGCCUCUAAAAAUGGUAGUAAUGAAGAAGAAAAGCCAGGUGUAAGUAAAAAGCAGAAAAUUCUUGAAAGUGAAGAUUCUGCCCUUCUAAAAGAGGGGGUAUUUACUAAAGAUGUUGCAAAGAAAAUGCCAAAGAAUGGAAGUAAAAAAAUAUCUCAGAAACUUGAAAGUUCGUUUGAGCAAUUUAACAAUGAGCUGGAUGAUGAAGAGAUGGACCUGGACCUCAAGUCAGAUGAACAAGCAUCUCAGUCUGCUCAAGUACAUACAACAAAUAUAAAAGAAAACAAAUUGGAGAUUGCUAAUGCUAAAACCAGGCAGGUUUAUAAGGAAAAGCCAUCACAAUCAUUACUCAGUCAGGAUGAUAUUCAAGAGACUACUCUGAAUCAGACUACUGGAAUAGAUACUUCAAAUAUAACCGAAAGUCAGGAGAUGCAACAGAGGAUUUCCCAGAGGAUUUCUUGUCAGUAUGGGAACAGCUGCUACAGAAAGAAUCCUAUUCAUUUCCAGCAAUUUAGUCACCCUGGUGAUAGUGAUUAUCAUGACUUAGAAGCUUUAACUCAGGUUGAUGAUGAUAGGCCUGAAUGUCCUUAUGGAACAGCUUGUUACAGAAAAAAUCCACAGCACAAGUUGGAAUAUAAACACACAACUCCUCCUGAAUCUGAUAGAAGGCAGAGAUCAAAAGUUACAAGAAAAGUAAGAAGUGUUCUUGCGGAUGAGAGUGAUGAUGAUGGUGAAGCAAAUGAAUACAACUUGAAUGACAGUUUUAUAGAUGAUGAAGAGGAGGAAGAGAGUGAUCCUACUGAUGAAGAUUCUGAUUGGCAACCAGAUUGUCAAGACAAUGAUGGUGAAGAUAUGGACAUGCUUCUCAAAGAAGCACAGAAUUUUGUUAAAACCAAGAAUUAACGAUAUUCAAAUAUUUUGAUAGAGUUUAUAAAGCAUCCUUCACAAUAUGAAACAUGUAUCCCAUUAGGUGAUAAUGUCACUUUUUAAAUAGUGACUUACUUUAAUGUUACUUUAUAAAAUGGGAUUAUAUAUGUACAUUUCAAAAUUUCAUGACUCCAUAGCUGAUAAUGCUUGUGAAAAAAUCUUAUGUGUUAAGGAGUACACUUAAGAUUGCUGGAUUAAUAUCAUUUUUGUAGUGAUAGGUGUGACUUUGUGAUUUAAAGUGAUGAAUGCUUUCCUAAACUUUGUAUUAACACAUUUCAUUGCAUAGAUGGAUAAAUAAUAACUUCAUAUUGGUAAUGGCACUGAUUUGGAUUUCAUGUCUUUAUUCUAUCACUGAUAAUAAAACUAAGAGUAACUGCACUUUUUGUAAUAUGUUGUUUAACAUUGCAAGUGAUAUUAUUUCUAUUUAAGAAGAAAGUAUAUAAAUUUAUUCUGAAAGAUAAUUAUGUGCCCAAUCUCUUCAAUAUUUUAAUUUCUCUGAAGCAAUGUUCGAAUUAUUACAUUCAAUUGGCUGAAGCUGAAACAAAUCCUAAUUUGAUCAACUUUAUACUGUAACAUCAUAAAAUGUCUGAAUUGCACUUUGAAUCUGUUGUAUGCAGAUAACAAAUAUGAAUAUCAAGAAAAGAUUCCAUCUGUCAUUUGCCUCUGGCAGAUAGUGUCCAAAGUGCAGUACUUUCUUAAGUCAGAACUGUAUUGCUUGACCCUUAUAGUUAUGAAUCUUAGCUUUAAAGAGCCAAGAGUCAGUAGCUCUUCAUGUCUUGUGUUAAACCAUAGUAUGAUUUGUAUGGUUUUGGCACCUCGUGUUUUGCAAAUGCAGCAUUUCUGGACUUUGUGGCUUGGAGUAAGGUGGGAAUCUAGCCAAUGUUUCAUGGACUGUUUCCAAGUUACAAAAAGAACACUGCAAGCUUUAUUUUAUUUGAGCUUUAUUUUCAAAGCUUUUAAUAGUGGUUUUAAAAGGUAUGGACAGUUUAUUGUUUAUUCUAUUUAACUCGUGGGAUAAAAUAAAAGAAAAUAUAGUUUAUUCUCCCAUUCCCAUCCCCAAUUCUAAAACACUAUUACAGUCGGGACAGUUCCAUUUGUACCUUUUGAAAAAAUCAAAAA